CCGCCGCGCCCCGGGCCAGCAUCAUGAAGGAUGGCUCUCGGCAGCGGCCAGCACAGAAGAAGAAGACAGUGUCCUUCAGCUCCAUGCCCAAUGACCGCAAGAUCAACAGCACAGCUGCCUGCAUCUCCCUCAUGCUGGAGGGCUGUGAGCUGAAGAAGGUGCGCUCCAACUCCCGCAUGUACAGCCGCUUCUUCGUGCUGGAUGCCGACAUGCGCUCCGUGCGCUGGGAGCCCUCCAAGAAGGACUCAGAGAAGGCCAAGAUCGAGAUCAAGUCGGUCAAAGAGGUGCGUGUGGGCAAGAAGACACCUGUCCUGCGCAGCAAUGGCCUCUCCGACCAGUUCCCAGACGAGUGCGCCUUCUCCAUCAUCUAUGGAGACAACUACGAGUCCCUGGACCUGGUGGCCAGCUCAGCAGAUGUGGUGAGUGCCUGGGUGAUGGGGCUGCGCUAUCUGGUGUCCUAUGGAAAGCACAGCCCUGAGGCGCCUGGGACUGGCCACCCCAGCCUCCGGACAUCCUGGAUCUCCUCUGUCUUUGACCUUGCUGACCUGGAGAAGUCUGGCCGCAUCCCUGUGUCCCGGGCUGUGCAGCUGAUCAAAGCACUCAACCCUGGCAUGAAGACCUCCACCAUCGAGCUGAAGUUCAAGGAACUGCAGAAGGCCAGCGAGCGUCCUGGCACGGAGGUGGCCUGUGACCUCUUCGUGGAGGCAUACUGUGAGCUCUGCACCCGCCCUGAGAUCUUCUUCCUGCUGGUCCAGUUCUCCAGCAACAAGGAAUACCUGGGUGUGAAGGACCUGCUGAUGUUCCUGGAGGUGGAGCAGGGCAUGGAGGGGGUGACAGAGGAGAAGUGCUUGGAGAUCGUCAGCAAGUAUGAACCCUCCAAGGAGGGCCGGGAGAAGGGCUACCUGGCCAUCGAUGGCUUCACGCGUUACCUGCUCUCUGCUGACUGCUCCAUCUUUGACCCACAGCACCGCAAGGUCUGCCAGGACAUGGCACAGCCCCUCUCCCACUACUACAUCAGCUCUGCCCACAGCGCCUGCCUGCUGGAGGACAACUUCUGGGGCCGCUCAGACAUCAGUGGCUACAUCAGUGCCCUGGGCCUGGGCUGCCGCAGCAUCGAGCUGGUGCUGUGGGAUGGCCCCGAGGGUGAGCCUGUGGUCUACACCAGCCCCUCAGCUGCCUCCUGUGUGCCCUUCCGUGCCGUGGUGGGGCUGAUUGACCAGCACGCCUUCACUGCCUCCGCCUACCCCCUGAUCCUCUGCCUGGUGGUGCGCUGCUCGGCCCCCCAGCAGCGACUCGCUGCUCAGUGCCUGCGCAAGACGCUGGGGGAGAAGCUGUACCUGGAGCCCCCCAACCCCGUGGCGUCCUACCUGCCAUCCCCGGAGGAGCUCAAGGGCCGCAUCCUCAUCAAGGGCAAGAAGCUGCCGCCCACCUGUGAGGACAGCGAGGGGGAGGUGUCGGAUGAGGAGGAAGGCUGGGAGCUGGCGCGGCGACUGGGCCAGGAGGACCGGGAGGCACCGGAGGGAGGUGGCCUGCGGCGGGUGCGCCUCAGCCGUGAGCUCUCGGAGCUGGUGAGCCUCUGCCAGGCUGUCCCCUUCCAGGACUUUGAGAGCUCGAGACGUGGGCAACGCUACUGGGAGAUGUGCUCCUUCAGCGAGGUGGAGGCGGGACGCUUUGCCAACGAGUGCCCGGCUGAGCUGGUCAGCUACAACAAGCGGUUCCUCUCCCGCAUCUACCCCAGCCCCAUGCGCAUCGAUGCCAGCAACAUGAACCCCCAGGAUUUCUGGAAGUGCGGCUGCCAGAUGGUGGCUAUGAACUACCAGACACCAGGGCUCAUGAUGGACCUGAAUGCGGGCUGGUUCCGGCAGAACGGGGCCUGUGGCUACGUCCUCCGCCCGGCCAUCAUGCGGGAGGAGGUCUCCUACUUCAGUGCCAACGCCAAGGACUCCCUGCCUGGGGUGCCUGCCCAGCUCCUGCACCUCAAGGUCAUCAGUGGGCAGAACCUGCCCAAGCCCAAGGGCUCGGGGGCCAAGGGGGAGGUUGUGGAGCCCUAUGUCUGUGCUGAAAUCCAUGGCAUCCCGGCCGACUGCGCUGAGCACCGCACCAAGACAGCCCUGCAGAGCGGGGACAACCCCAUCUUCGACGAGAGCCUGGAGUUCCAGAUCAACCUGCCGGAGCUGGCUGUCCUGCGCUUCGUUGUGCUGGACGAUGACUACAUUGGGGACGAGUUCAUUGCCCAGUACACCAUCCCCUUCGAGUGCCUGCAGCCUGGCUACCGCCAUGUCCCCCUCCAGUCGCUGGCCGGGGAGCCCCUGCCCCACGCCACCCUCUUUGUGCAUGUGGCCAUCACUGACCGCCGUGGUGGGGGCAAGGGGCACCGCCGGGGGCUGGCGGGGCGCCGGGGCCGCCGAGUGCGGGAGUACACUUCCACCAAGGCCACUGGCAUCAAAGCCAUCGAUGAAGUCUUCCGGACGGCCACCCAGCCGCUGCGGGAGGCCACUGACCUGCGGGAGAAUGUACAGAAUGCAUUGGUCUCCUUCAAGGAGCUGUGUGGGCUGACACCCGCUGCCAAUAUGAAGCAGUGCAUCCUGACGGUGUCCACGUGGCUGCUGCACAGUGACAGCGCACCCAGUGUCACCCUCAACCUGGCAGAGCAGUACCCCCCCAUGGAGGCCCAGGGCCCCAUCCCCGAUCUGCUGCGCAAGGUCCUCACUGCCUACGAGACGAUGAUCCAGACUAGCCGGACGCUGAUCGAGUCUGCCGACGCCGUGUACGGGAAGCUCAUCCAGGCACAGCAGGCAGGGAUGGAUUUCCACAAGGAGCUGCACCGCAUCGAGACCAAGGAAGGGCUGCGGGGCCGCAAGCUGCAGAAGGCGCUGGAGAGCUUCGCCUGGAACAUCACCGUCCUCAAGGGCCAGGCUGACCUCCUCAAGCAUGCCAAGGCGGAGGCACUGGACAACCUGUGGCAGAUCCACAACGCGGGGCAGUCCUGCGGCAUCGGCAGGAACGGAUCAGCCUCGCCGGAGCCCUCUCGGCUGCAAGCUCCGCUGGAGCCCAUCCCUGAGACAGACGGAGGUGGCGACACAGCGUCCUGCUGACCCCGGUCUGGGGCUCGGGGCCCGGACUGAGCACCCUUGGCCGCAGGGGCCGGGAGCAGGGAGCCCCAGCCUGCCCGGGGAAUGUGUGUGAGGCUGGGUGCCUGUGCUCUGCCGUGUUGAGGGGCUUGCACCAGAAUUCAGUGGAGAGGUUGGGAAGAGAUGUCCCUGCUCCCUUUUGCCCCACCAAGCUCCCAGAGGACUCAUCCAUCCCCUCCAUCUGCUUCUGGAGCCAGUACUCUGCCGAGGGGCCAGUGGGGAUGCUGGUACCCCAGUGCCCAUGUGCAUGUACCCAGCCUGCUGUGCCAGAUGCCACGUGGAAAAGCAGCCCCAGGUCUGGAGUUCUGCCCACCCUCUCCAGGGCUGCAGGUUUGGCCUUCACCAGCCCUGGGGAAAACCUGGCUGGGGCAGGAAGGAUCCUGACUGGUCCUGUCACCUCCAUAGCAUCCCUAGGGUCCCCACUAUACAGAGGAGCUGGGAGGUUCUCUGGUGCAGCAGAUGUGGGGCCAGGGUGUCCCUGAACAGCAGCCGUGGCUUCUGGCAUCAGGGAAAUGUUUGGGUUCAUCCCCCAGGGCAAGGGAGUUCAGCACAAGCAAA